AUGUGUACAAGUACAGUAGUCAGCGUUAAUUUUGUGCACGAGCUCAUGCGUCAUGUUUCCCCAUUCCGGUACUAUGUACUUCCAGCUCCAGAACGAUUAUGCACAAGUUCCGGUACUUGGUCAAACAGCUUUUCAGAUGACGGGGGAAUUCUGGACAGUGGUAGUGGUAUCAGGAUUGAAGUUGGAAAAUCCAAAGGCCAUUCCUGUAGGAAACAGUCAAGCAGAACAAUAAAAGCAAAAUUGGUAGACGACGUACAACACACAAAUGAUCAUCAAGUUGUUAUGAGCCCAACUGUUGAGCUAAAACUAACUAAUUUUACUGGUGGUGAUAAUAUCACAAUCCAUCUGCCAGUGUCUGUGAAAAUAAACGGCGACACAGAAAGCCAGAAUAACACAGAGAUAUCAGUUUACUGUCAAACCGGCAGUCGUCAUCAUCUUGAAGAAAUUGAACGCAACUUAUGGCAGUAUGAACCCGAAGACUCUGUCAUCAGUAUUCGAACAAUGAUUAGAAAUCCUAAUAAGACGCUCAAGAUGAUAUUUUGUGCAGUGGUUCGUACAGUAAGAGGCCAAAUAUACAAGUACAUUCAGCUAGGAGUAAAUGUACGAUUGUACGGACCACAGCAUAUUCAGAAGAACAUGACCCUGCAUUCAAUCUUCACAUUCAAAUCAGUUUUCUUAGCAACUGAUCUGGACAAUGUGCCCCAUCCUGUCAGCCCAGCAGCAUUAAUUCCUUGGCGAGAUCUCCAUUUUUACAUCAAAAGACCACAGGUUAUGCGUUUACAACUAGCAAUCCAGGGGGAAAGCAAGCAUUUUUGGGAGUACCCAAAAAAAUUAAAAGCUAUUUCCAUGGAUGAGAUGAGGAGUCCGCACCCUGUAAUUACACGUGACAUCCCAUUGAGCUACAGAGUUGAUUCAACAAAGAUGGAACCCUUCAACUUGACUCUGACGAUGGAGUUAGAUGAAGAAAGUCAUGAUCUGAGUUGCACUACACCAACUAUUGGUCUAACUACUCCACUCAAUGUUUUUGAGGAGACACAACCAGCUACGGAACAGCGAAGAUCUUCCUUCAGUAAGAAUAGUUCCCGAAGACAUGACGAGCAUAAGUUAUACAGCUCACGGUUACAUGAGAAAUGCGCUGUUUGUCACCCAGAAGUUCGUGUGCCGGCCACCAUAUUGAAAGCAAAGAAAGAUUCCACAGAGCGAGAAAAUCUUCUUUCUUUCAAAAAGGGGGAUCUCAUCGCUGAGAUCUCGUCUCCCCACUUAAGAGCAUGGCGAGCAGGCAAGCAUCAUAAAUGGGAUGUUGGAUGUACACAAAAUGGGGUAUUUGGAUUCUUCGCUAAGGAUCAUACAGAAUUAUUUUCAGGGGAAGGCAUUGUACCUUAUUGUAUAACUGGCAAUAUUCUAAAUUUUGUAGCGAUGGUAUGCCGUCAGUUAUCAGACUAUGAUAACCACGCCAUCAAAGCACAGUUUCGCAAAUUAGGCAGUAAAUGGAAGGAAUUGGCAUGGGCAUCUGAGAUGGAAACAACCGAAAUUGACGCAAUUGUUGAAAAUGAUCCACAUAAUGUGACAGUACAGGCUUAUCGACUUGCUGAUCGGAUACUGAGCGUUGAAGGAAAGGUUAAAUACUUAUCAACAAUAGUCUCUGGUCUAUACAAGAUUGGACUACCACGUAUGGCGCUAAAUAUUGUGAGAGAUGCACUGCUUAAUACAAUUGCCAAGGCAACACUUCCUCAAUAUGAUGCAUUUUACAAGACUCUGGAUGGAGUAUUUGCUGAGGGAAAGUCAUUGUCAUCAUCGUCACAUUUUUACUCUUACCAGUCCAUUGAUGAAAGUGAGAGUGAAAUGGUGAAGAACAGUGUGGAGAAGUUGAAAUCCUACUUUCUAAGUCAAGGUCGUCAUGCCAUACAAGUGCUGGAAUGUUUGAAAAAGGCACUAGGUCACAAAGAUUUUAAAUCGGCCGAGUUUGAGAAUUGUGAGUUUCUUACAGAGAAAGUUAUGAUGAUCUACUUUCUCGAAACGUACCUCUGUUCCUGUAAAACAGAGGACUUGCAGAUUUUCUGAAGGGGGACCCAAGUCUUACCUUUAAAUGAGGAAGUGAAGACUUGGGUUCCCCGGUUAGCUUGUCCAGAUCUGGACCAGAGUAGUGUAGAUGUGGUUUUUAUGUCUAUUUACCACAUAGUGUUUUUUU